AUGCUGGGCAUGUACGUGCCGGACAGGUUUGCCCUGAAGUCAUCUAAAAUCCAAGACGGGAUGGGGCUCUUUACGGCCCGGAGAGUGAAAAAGGGUGAAAAAUUUGGACCAUUUGCAGGAGAGAAACGCAUGCCUCAAGAGCUGGAUGAAAACACAGACUGCAGGCUGAUGUGGGAGGUUCGUGGGAAUAAAGGUGAGGUGCUUUAUGUUCUGGAUGCCAGCAAUCCAAGGCAUUCUAACUGGCUGCGUUUUGUACAUGAAGCACCCUCCCAGGAGCAGAAGAACUUGGCUGCCAUCCAGGAAGGAGAAAACAUUUUCUACCUAGCUGUUGAGGAUAUUGAAACAGAUACAGAACUGCUGAUUGGUUACCUUGACAGUGACAUGGAAGAGGUAGAAGAAGAGGAGGAGGAAGUUAUUAUUAACCAGGAAGAAGACAGCAACAACAGUAAUAGCAGUCACAAUAAGGAAUUGCAACAGAAUAGUGAAAAAGAUUCUCUUAGCUGUAAAGAGGACCAUGCCUGCCCCAAUUGUGAAUCCAGUUUUGCCAGCCAGGAAAUUCUAGCUGAACACCUUCAAACAUUGCACCAAAAACCUAUUGAAGAAAAGGAAUUCAAAUGCAGGAACUGUGGAAAGAAAUUCCCAGUUAAGCAAGCUUUGCAGAGGCAUGUUCUCCAGUGCACAGAGAAUGUUAGUCUGGGAGAUCGUUUGAGAAGUUUCCAGUGUUCUGUUUGCAAUACACCCUUCAGCUCAGAAUCAAGCUAUGAGCAGCACAAAGAAGCAUGCCGAGGUGAUGCCAGGUUCGUUUGCAAGGCUGAUAGCUGUGGGAAGAGGUUCAAGAGCAAGGAUGCCCUGAAAAAACAUAAAGAAAAUGUUCAUACCGGAAAUUCUAGGAAGAGGCUGAUGUGCUCAGUGUGCAAUAAGAGGUGUUCUUCAGCAACAAAUCUUCAAGAGCAUCGAAAGGUUCAUGAGAUCUUUGAGUGUCAGGAAUGUGACAAGAAAUUUAUUUCAGCUAACCAGCUAAAACGCCAUAUGAUAACUCACUCAGAAAAACGCCCCUACACCUGCGAGGUUUGCAAUAAGUCCUUCAAACGACUUGAUCAAGUGACUGCACACAAAAUAAUACACAGUGAAGAUAAACCCUAUAAAUGCAAGCUUUGUGGAAAGGGAUUUGCCCACAGAAAUGUUUACAAGAAUCACAAGAAGACCCAUUCUGAGGAGAGACCAUUUCAAUGUGAGGAAUGCAAGGCGUUAUUCCGAACCCCAUUCUCUCUUCAGAGACACCUUCUCAUUCAUAACAGCGAAAGGACUUUUAAGUGUGAUCAUUGCGAUGCUACAUUCAAAAGAAAGGACACACUGAACGUUCACAUUCAAGUUGUUCAUGAUGGCCAUAAGAAAUAUAAAUGUGAUUUGUGUGACAAAGCCUUUGUGACACCCUCUGUGCUUAAAAGUCAUAAAAAAACUCACACAGGCGAAAAGGAGAAAAUUUGUCCAUAUUGUGGACAGAAGUUUGCAAGCAAUGGAACACUGAGGGUACAUAUUCGCAGUCAUACAGGUGAACGUCCUUACCAGUGUCCUUACUGUGACAAAGCUUUCAGCAAGAAUGAUGGAUUAAAAAUGCACAUUCGCACCCACACAAGGGAAAAGCCGUACCAGUGUUCUGAGUGUAACAAGGCCUUCAGUCAGAAACGCGGCCUUGACGAGCACAUGAGGACCCACACUGGCGAGAAGCCCUUCCAGUGCGAUGUUUGUGACUUGUCAUUCAGUCUGAAGAAAAUGCUGAUCCGGCACAAACUGACUCACAAUCCCAAUCGCCCCAUGGCUGAAUGCCAGCUGUGCCACAAAAAGUUUACAAGAAACGACUACCUCAAAGUGCACAUGGAAAAUGUCCAUGGAGAAACUGACAGCUGAUUUUGGCUUGCAUGAGAGAGUGUCUAGCAUUGCCUUUGGAGGCGUAUAAACUCCAGACUUCUCACCUUAGUGAGCACAAGAUGCAAAAAAUAACUCUAAUGUGUUCACAUAAUCACUCCCCCACCCCCGCCGCCGCCUUGUUGCCUUGUAUUCCUAUCUAGACUAAAAUUGUCUCCCACACUAAAGAAAGUUAGGAUCAAAAUAAUUAAUAAUGAUGAAUCUACAAUAUGGUUUUAGAUGAGCAAAUGUCACCAAAGUCUGUCAUCAUUCUCACAGUUAAAAUUUCUUUCUGCCCCCAUGUGGUGAAAUAGAUAGUUAACUAUAUCUUGGGAAGUAAAACAAUGCAAAAAUCGUGUUUCUAGGAUGUGGGUAAAUAUCAGUUUCACAAAGUGGGAAUUAAUGAUGUAUCCCCAUCCAAACUAAUCCUGUAAAUCCACCCUGUAUUUAAAUCCCAGACAUUCUCACUUUCAAACCUGAAAUCCUACGUACUGGGGGUAUGUUGCCUGAGAUUUGGAACACCUUUAAUUGAAUCCAUGGUUGCACAUGUUUAAAUCCCAUAGAAAUCAAUGGGGCUUGAGCAUAUGUAACUGUAGUCUAUAUUGCAGCCUGAAUUUGUGGUCAAUUGAUUGGCAAGCCUGUGCAAGUUUUGUGCUUUUGUGCAAGAUUCUUAUGCUUCUAGUAAGACAAUAAUAGCAGCCAAAUCUUUAUAACCCAGUGACUUUACUUCCAUCCUAUUAAUCCUCAGGCUUAUUUCAAGCAACACUAUUCUGGUUUCUAUUUUUUUUUUUUCAUUUCAAAUCAGAAUUGAUAUUGAAAUACUAGCAUAUUUUUCAAGCAUCGAUCUGGUGUUCUGGUGGCCACAGGGGACUUGCUGUCUUGAACAUGGUUGAUAUUAUGUUUGGUUGCCACUGGAUGAAGCAAACCAAAAGCAAAUACUGUGAGAGAUUUAUGUUGAAGUGCUGUGUUAGCACUAAUGCAGUAUUUGUAAAUGCCAAGGCAAGAGGAAACAAAAUCUCUGAAUGAUAUCCAACCGCUGAUUAAGGCAAGGAACAAGUAAGUAAGCUGCUAGGGAGAAUUUUUUUACCCCAUGGAAUUCUGCUGAGUUUAGAAUUAGGGUUGUACAUGAAUCUGUUAUUCAUAAUCAUUUAUAUUGUUAUUAUGAAGACCAAUACUAGGUUAACCAUGACUUUUUGAGCAAGUAGUUUCUCUUAAUUCUUGAUGGAAAGUCUCUGAAUUCUCAUACUUGGAAGAUAUGAGCUAAUACAUAACUGAAAGGAAACUAAUAAGCACCAGAGUAUCAUCUCAGAACUAAUUGAAUUAUUAUUUGUAUGUAUGUAUGUAUGUCGGUCAGCAAAUUAUUUUCAACAAAAAAUCAUAAUGGGAAAUAUAACAAAUAUAAUAAUGUUAAUUAUAUCCAAUAAUUUCAUAUUAAGAAAAAAGAAAAAGAUGGGGCAUAGAAAUUCAAAUUAUCGCCCCUACAGUCUAUUGCAUUGGUGCUGACAAAAUCCUAUCUGUUUAGCUGUGAAUUCAUCAAACUGGGCCACUUUUGAAGUUACAUAUUCAUCUGCAUGAUUUAUUAAACAUGUUAGCUUGUGUAACAGUGCCAGCCUAGCAUUCUGGCAAAAAAAAAAGAGGGCACAGUUGUUACUUUCUAGGAGCUCUGUGAAGGUGGCAAAAUAGUACCUAAUGAGUAAGCAUCUUAAUAGCUACAAAACCUCAACAGUAGAUGGAUGUUCUAGAGAAAAUCACCCUUUGGUCCUUCUAGAAAAACUGUUUACAAAAUCAUUCCCCCUCAUUCUUAAUCUUUGAAGCUAUUGUAAAAAAUAAGUAUCAGUUUUAGUGAUCUCCUAGGAUGCAAGAGGAGAAAGAUUAGUUCAUUCAUUUUGUUUAUUUAUACUCCACUUUUCCUUUCAAAAGAAAAUUCAGAGUGGCUUACAAUAAGGAUAAGACAUGUAUAUACAUAUAUGUGUGGGUGUGUGUAUCAAAAAUAUAACAUUUCUCUGACAAUAAAAAAGAAAAGAUAUAUACACAUGCGGUAGCCACAAAGACCAAAAUAAAUAAAUAACCUUCAUAAAUAAAAUCACCAACAGGAGCCAACAAAUUAAGCAAUAAAGAUAAUGCUACCCAAAUAAUAACUUAAACAAUACCAUAAAAGGGGGGGGGCACAAAAACAUCUGUGUUCUUGUACCACUACUAUAAAUAUGCAGUCUGGGGGUGCUUCUUGACACAAACCUCUCGCUGUUGUCCCAGGUUUAGGCAUUGGCCAGAGGUGCCUUUUAUCAGCUUUGGCUGAUAUGCCAGCUGUGCCCGUUUCUGGAAAUAAAUGACCUCAGAACAGCAGUAUAUCUGCUGGUCACUUCCAGACUUGACUACUGCAAUGCCCUCUAUGUGGGACUGCCUUUGUACAUAGUCCAGAAACUGCAGUUGGUCCAGAAUGCAGCAGCCAGGUUGGUCUCUGGGCCAUCUUGGAGAGACCAUAUCACUCCCGUCUUAAAAUAUCUACACAGGUUGCCGAUAGGUUUCUGGGCAAAAUAAAAGCUCGGUUAUAAUCUAUAAAGCCCUAAACAGCUAGGGCCAUGGGUAUUUAAGAGAACAUCUUCUUCGCUAUGAACCACACCGCCCAUUGAGAUCAUCAGGAGAGGUUUGUCUGCAGUUGCCACUGGCUCAUCUGUUGGCUACUUGGGGAUGGGCCUUCUUCAUUGCUGUCCCAAGGCUUUGGAACAUGCUUCCUGCAGAAAUAAGAACCUCUCCAUCUCUUACAACUCUUAAAAAGGCAGUCAAGACACAUUUGUUCACCCAGGCUUUUAAUUAGAUACUGUUUUAAUAGCUGGAUAAUUUUUAAUAAUUUUAACGUCGUUUUAAGUUUUAAAUUGUUGUAAUGUUUUAACCUUUUUACUUCUUGUUUUUGUUUUGUUGUAAACUGCUCAGAGACUUGCAUUUUGGGCAGUACACAAAUAUGUUAAAUAAAUAAAAAUAAAUAAAUAAUAAAAUAAAAAUAAAUAUUUAUAUACUGCUCUUCAACCAAAGUUCUCAAAGUUUACAUAGAAAAAUAAAUACUACAUAAAAACACUUAAAUUACAUAAAUAAUACAUAAAUUGGGCUCUUACAAUGAGCCCACCCUAGUUCAGACAGAGAAAUGUAUAAAAGGUGACACUAACACUCACCUCAUUCUCAAAAGGCAGGAGCCCCAAAAGAACAGCCCCUUCCAGGGGCAUCCAAUACUUUUAUAGCCCAACUCUAAGCAUACUUACAACAUGUUGAUGACACACUUCUGGGUGGGUGGGCAGGCAUAAGUGGUCUCUGCUGCUCAUUGGAUUUGAUGUCUCAGGCAGGUCUCUCGUAUCAAUUGGUCUCCCCUGGAGUAAGAGGGGGGAAACACCAAAUCAAGGGGGACAAAGUCUCUCCUCCCACUCCAUCACCCCAUUCCAUCAUGACCAACAUGAAUGUUGCUCAUUCAUGUGAACAAAAAUUGUGAGUAGAACAUUAACCAGAAAAGCUGUUCACAACAAUUUCCAUAGUGUGCCAAACAUGAUAAUUUAGGGCAGUUGGAAAAUUAUAGCAAUUGUUUUCAUUGCUAAAUAAUGUAGAAAGCAUGUAAUGUAUUUUUUCAUUCUCCUUUCAUCCAGUUUAAUGAUGACAAAUAACAUGGCCACCAGUGAUCAAGAAGAAAGGUUUUCUGCUCCUACAACAUUGCCAAGAACAACUCUUUUGGCCAUCCCUGCUGCUUUGGGCUCUCGUUAUGGUUAAACUCUCAUCUCUGCUGUUGUAGCCUUUUUUCCUUUUGUCUUAUCUCAAUUCUCUUGGCUCUACAAACUUACCUCUGUGAAAUCUACCAUGCUUCUUUUGCUGACUAUAUGAAAACUUUCCACAUUUUCCUUUCAAUUUUUGAUCCAAUACAAACUUCCUGUCCAUAUCUUUCAGUCUCUUCCUACUCUGGCCCCAGCAUACCUUUCAGUACACAUCACUUGCUGCUCUUUCAUCAUCAUCAUCAUUCAUCCUUCACACCUUACUCCCUGACUCUGCUCAUUAUCCCAGAAUGGCUCUUAUGCCUAGACCUCUCUCUCAGAACAUCUAUAGUCACUUCUCAAGAAGUUCUGCCUAAACUCAUCAUCAUCAUCCUUUAUUACAGUCAUAGACCAGCAUAAAAAUACAUGUUAAAGAAUACGCGUAAAUAAAAGUGGAAAUAGAAGGUGGUUACAUAUAUGAUGAUGCAUAUUAACAUUAAAAGACCUAAUAAUACGAUUACUAAAAAAGCUAAAAGUACUAAAAUACUAAAAAUGAAAAUGAAUAUAAUAAUAAUAAUAAUAAUAAUAAUAUAUGUUUAAAAAUCAUAAAAUGCAUAAAAGGGGGACAUAAAAUAAUAGAGGUUUUUUUAAAAAAAACAAAACACCAUAAUAUAAUAGAGCUAUAAAAACCAGAAUAAAAAUUAUAUUGAGCGUUAAAACCAAUAAAAAGGGAAGUGUGAGCAAUUAUAGGGACAUAUCAGGGCUAAAAAGGCUCACAGCCUGUCAUCUGCUGACGGAUGCCGAUCACAGCCGCACAGUGUCUGGCAACGCUAUAAGUUAUGGUAGGCUUAAGGUCAGAGAGUAGCAGGGAAUUGUAGAACUGUCUCAGACGUCCUGAGAACUUGCUUAACAGUGGAAGAAUGAGAGAUGCACGGAUGUCUAUAGAACAAGCAGUAUAGGAGGACAUGCUCAGUAGUUUCAAUCUGCCCUGAGCCACAGGGGCAUAGACGGUCUGCAAAUGGGAUCCUUCUAUAGUGGCCUUCUAGCACUGCUGAGGGAAGGCCAUGGCAAUGAUCCAAGGUGAACGCCCUUCUGUGGAUUGGGACCUCCAGUUGAUUGAGAUAUACUGCAGGAGAAGCAGAACAUCUAAGCCCGUCACUGAUAUAAAAUUUGGGGACACUGCUGAGUCCAGUUUGGCGCUCAGUGUCUGUAAUGUGAUGUUGAUGGUUGCUUUUGCCUGAUCAUAGCCCAUGCUGAGCAAGGUGAGGCGGGAGAGACCCAGAGUAACCAUUUUGGCCUCAAUUGUCUGUAUCCAACUGGAAUAGUAAUCAUCGUAUAGGGUUAAGGGAGCAAGACCAAUUGGGCGAGAGGAUAAUCUGAGCCAAUAACAAAGAGUGGUUGCUCACACCCUAGCCUAAAUCUUGAUCAGGCCUGUCUCCAACCUAAACUCAUUAUAUGACAUCCUGCACACAAAUCUCUUUUCCCCCCCAAUUGCUUAGUAUUUUCCCUCUUGUCCGGUUUUAAACUCUAAGAUCCAUGGAGAAGGAACCAGUUACUAAGAUGAGUCUAUAAUAAAUUCAUCCUCAAGUGCACCCGUAGCUUACCUUCCUGCAAUAUGUCCUCCUAAAUCUUUCCUCAGCCAGGCUGUAAUACUCGAGGUGAAUCUGGCUGGAGGAAAGGCGUUUGGGAGGAAAUGCUAUGGGCAAGUAGACAGUAAGCAUAGGGCAGAUUGAGCUGCCUUCAUCCCUGGACAUUUUUGCUCUAAACAUCAGACUCUUCUGCUUUAUACUUGAUUGGGACUAGCCCCAUGGUCUUCCCUUAUCAUGGCUAGAUUGGCUCUAAGCCAUAUCUAUGUAUAUGGAUAUGUCAUUUUGCAUUUUGAUCUAUGUCUAGAUUAUGAACUAAGAAUAGAACUUUUUAAAAAAUCUUGGUAACGAUAUAGUUGAAUGUUAUGUUUCAUUCUGUUUCACCCAUUGUGAACUGGGGUUUGUGAUUCAGUAGUAGCCAGUGUAUUCUGUUCCUUUCAACUGAGGCUGACUAUAAAUCUAAGAUCUAUAAAUACAUACUCUUUUAAAAUUUGUAGGAUAGAUAUAUAUCUAAGAAAAAUAUUGUGCUAAUUUGUCAUCUAAGUUUCUGAGAACAUAUGAAGGUGUCUUCAUGUACACUGUUUUUCUUUUUGAGAUAUGCACUUUGUAUUUUCUCCUUCCCCUUUUCUCUCUUUUGUCGGCCAAUUCAGGAACAUGUUUGAGAACAGGAGGAAACGGUGCAAAUAAAUAAAUAAACAGAGAAGAUUGGGGUGUUGGAAGAACAUGAAAAAAGAGGUGUUUUAAAAAAUGUUAGGUGAAAGUUUUUAACAAAUAAAAAUAUCAAA